AUGACUUCAUCGACUACGAGUUCAUCAACUACAACCUCAUCAACCACGAGCACAACCACCACAUCAACUACGACAACAACUACAUCAACUACAACAAGUGUAACUACGACUGCAGCAUUCAAUAUUAAUUUGGUAACUAAUGGUGAUGCCGAAACUGGAUCUUGUCAAGUAAGUGGUGGUGUUACUAGUCCGGUUGGAUGGAACUAUAACGGACCAAUUACUCAAGUGAUCUAUAACAAUCCAACUUCCGGCUGUAUGGCUUCUUCAGAUCCGGGACCUAGUGAUCGUGGUCAAUGCUACUUCUAUGGUCAGCAAUCAACGUCCACAUCAAUGUGGCAAACAAUCAAUCUGAUUAAUGAAGUCAGCCCCCUUCUCAUUGAUAAUCAAAGUGUGAAAUUCAAUCUUUCGGCAUGGAUUGGUGGCUAUAUUAAUCAAGAUGAUACUGCUGUAGUUUCUGUAACUUUUAAUGAUGCAAACAACACGAUGACAGGUAAUAUUACUAGCAUCGGACCGGUGUACGCAGUGGAUCGAUCAAGUAUAACAUCAUUCAUCUUUCAGCAGGCUAACGAUUUCGUGCCUAUCGGCGCUCGUGCGAUGACAGUAUUUGUUACACUAACUCGUUCGCAGGGUGCGGGGAAUCAGGGCAGCGUGGAUGACAUUGCUGUCAUUUUAUAUCAAUGA